GCAGUUUGCAGCAGACCGUCCUUCUCGUCCUCCUUCGCAAACUCACGCAAGCUGCUGGGCACCACGGCGAUAACACUGUUGAUUUUGACGCUGUGGGAUCAGCCGCGACAAUUUUAACCCUCAUUUAAGCCGCCGCAGCCAAUGGAUCCGGGGGGUGGAUAGGGCUCGCUAGGGGAGUUGUCUGCUUGCAAGUAAGCCGAUUGGGCCGCCUUAAAAAGGGCACACCUCCGCCUUCUGCCGCCGUACAGAAAUAGAAAGGUCUGGCAGGGAGAGCAGCUCUAGUAAGAGGGACAAAUUAAGACGAUUUACUCCAAGUGAGAGCCGGUUUCAUUAGGAUAGUAGCUGUUUACCUUCUCCAGCCUGGCUGACCACCGAGCCGGGGGGUAAAUCUGCUGUUUCAAUCAGAUCCAAACACAACUAUAUAUAUAUAUAUAUUUUAUAAUUGAUUCUGAAUUACAGCUUAAAUCCACGUGAAAGCUUCCAACUUGUUAAUUAACUAAAGGAAUGGCCCUAGACUUCGCCGCUGGAUGUGUGGGAGGUGCUGCUGGUGUUUUGGUCGGCCAUCCAUUCGAUACUGUGAAAGGUGGGUGUUUCCUAAUUCCUUCCUUUGAUUUUCUUUCACCUUUGUUAGGCAAUAAACAUAAUUUACUGAAUUUACAUUUUUUAAAUAACAGAACAUAAACAUUUUCGACAUAAGGAUGAAAUUUGUAAUUAUUUUUCCCAUGUAUGUUUUACUUUUAGGGUAUAUUUCACUAAAUUGGGGCCAGAAAAUCCUGUAAGGACGGGACAGUACUUCCUAAUCCAACCCAGUUAUUCAUUUUCUACUACAAAACCCUAAAAAAUAAUAUUUCCGGUCAGCUGUGUUUACUUCAGAGAAUGUGUGUGAAUAUUGGCAGCUGUUUUGUAAGAAUCCAGUAACUCAUAGGAUAUGUUCACACUACAGCCUGAAGUGACCCAAAACUGAUUUUAUUUGUAUUUUCUUUAGUCAUUUUUUCCAAAUGUGACUUUUUAAAUUUAAAUAAAUGACAAGUAUACAAAGUAUUUACAUAGAUAAAUUAUUCUGAGAGCCUUUUCCUUAGUGGACUGUUAUUGAUUUAACAUAUAGCUCCUUAUAUUUAAUAAAAUGAGGCGCUUUAUUGGUAAUUUGCAUAUAUAAAUGUAAAAUUUAGCAAAACAAAUGAGCAAAGUUCAUUAUAUAAAAAAAAAUGUAGGAUCCUUUCUGGGGAAUUUAGAAAAACGGAAUGAAACACUUCCCUAACUUAAGUAAAAACACGUUAAAAUAUGGUUAUUAAUAAACCUCCUUCCAAAGUUUGGUGCCAAAAGAGGACUGACAGAAUCUUAAAAUUUUCCCGCAGGGUAAAUUUUAUAAAGAAUUUUAAAUGACAUUUCCUUCACAUUAUUUACGAUUAAAUAUUUAUGGGGGAUCAUCCAGGCAGUUUUCCAGCUAGUCCAAAUAUGCGACUUGUAUGGAAGUCAAAAGACCUGAAAUGUCCCUCAUGCGCAGUAGAGGGCGCAGUAACGUCUAGCUGCUAGCGAGCAGCGCAGUGCUGAAAAGAAGAAGUGUUCAGUGUUUGCGGAAGUAAACAUGGAUGCUAAUAACUUACGAUUUUAAAGUUAUCACAUUCACAACUUGAUCCUCAUUAUUGUCCGCCAUGGUUGUUGUUCCUUAUUUAUGUUUGCGCGUCUCAGGACGCAGAAUAGUCGAGAGUCAAUGAGGUUCCGGUCGGAUGAAUGCGACCCGAUCAGAUGUGUAAUGGAUUUAGAGUCACAUAUUCAAUCAAAAAAUCCAAUUUGUGUUCUUCAGACUGUCAUAAAAAAUCGGCUACGGCUCGCUUUAAGGCAAAAAUAAAUAAAUAAAUAAAAUGUUUCUUGCCACUUCCGGCUGCAGUGUGAACGUAGCCGCCGUAAAGUAAAUAUUUCCGUGCUGGAAAAGCGUCCGCUGGUGAGGAAGCUUCUUCCCAUGAAGGCGAAUGUUAAUGUUGCAGCUUGUUUCAGAGGCUGAAUGGAUGUUGGUUGUAGUUCUUUUGACACCUUGCUGUUUGAUGUCGUUUCUCCCUGAGCCGGUGUCUGCUUGGGGCUCGGGGCGGCUGUCUUUAACAGCUACAGUGUCACUGUGUUGUAGAUGAGAGAGAGAAAUAAACAACCUCUCCACGGAAAUGUGACCUAGUAAGUAUGGUCCAGGUCUUUCUUUAUCUCACCCAAUGUCCUGUCUUGAGCUAUAGAAAUAUAAAAGCCAAGAAGGCAUUUUUAUUUUCUUUUUUUCUCCUUUUUAUUAUUUUACUCAACGUUUUACUCGGUAAUGUUGCACCCCAUAAGCAUUUUAACCCCUCAAACGAAUGAUUGUCUGCUUAUUUCCCUGCUUUGUACACUGCAAAAACACAACCUUACCAAGUAUUUUUGGUCUAGUUUCUUGUGCAACUUUAGAUGACUAAAGCUCUAUAAACACUUUCUAAAUCAUUAAUAACUGUUAAUAUAUGCUAAAAAAAAUUAAGCUUACAAAUGCUUAUUGUUCUUUCAAAGUAGUCUGAAACAUUUAGUGUAAUAAAAUAAAUAGGUGAGACAAGAAACUAGUUGGUUUCAUCGCUUUCUCACAAUUAAUGCAUAACGGUUAUUAAUUAUUUAGAGAGUGUUAAGAGAUUAAUUAACAUCUAUAAGGGGAGCUUUAUGGAAAAGUGGUAUCUUAGUACAUUUAAUAUGAAAGCUAACUUAUAAAUAAGUUUUCAGUAAGAUAUUGAAGCUAGUUUUUUUUUUUCCAACAUUAUCUUUAUUGAUUUUUCAACAAUGUUUGAAAAACAUUGUGCGCUCUCACAUCAAAGGAAAAGUCCAGGGUAGUUAAAUUAUUGUCCAACAUUCAACUUGUGUUUCCUUGCAUGCCAGGUCGUUAUGGGAUCUUUUAGAGCAGCACUUAUUACAUACAGAGUACAUGAGAAAAGAAAAACAAACUCAAAUGUAUAAUUCAAAGUAAAGCAGUCAAGUAUACAAAUAAAGAAGAUUAUUUUAGGACACUGCAGGGGACCAACCACAACUAUAACUCACCCAUAUCCAUGUUUUCUAUAUAUUCCAUAAAAGGACCCCAAAUAUUUUGAAAUAGCGAUAGUUUCCCUUUUAUAAUGAAAGUAAUCUUUUCCAUUGGUAAGGUUGUGGACAUUUCAUUAAUCCAGUUACUGAAUUUUGGUUUACUGGUACUCUUCCAAGAGAGUGCUAUGACUCUUUUUGCAAGUAGUAAACACAAAUCCAUGGCACUAAUAAUCUUUCUGGACAUAUGAUGUCUGUCAGGAUAUAAACCUAGAAUGAACAAUUUGGGGUCAAAAACUGGUUUUAUACCUAGUAUAAUCUCUAGAGCUUGUUUAAUCUCCCUCCAGAAUUGUGCAACUUUCUUGCAUUUCCAGAUACAAUGGAAGAAUGUUCCCUUCUCUUCUCCACAUCUAAUACACAGGUCUGGGAUGGCACCAUUGUACUUAUUAAGCUUUUCUGGCAUCACAUAUGUUCUCAUUAGCCAAUUAUAUUGCAGUACUUUGAGGCGUGUAUUGGUAGUUUGUGUUUGUGCUUCAGCACACGCCUUCUCCCAGCCUGUCCUCUGAAGGCAAAUCCUCCCUCCAGGCAUUGAGCUUCCAUAAAGACGACUCGGAGGAUCCCUCCACUAACAUGCUAUGUAGUUUGGAGAUAAUUCCUUUUCUAAAGCAAUCAUUCUUCAUUUCCAUUUCCAAGGUGGACAUCAGAAGGAUGGACUCACAUUGAUUUUGAGAUGAUCUAAUAAAGUUUCUCACCUGUAGAUAUUCUACAUUUCUUAUAAAAUUCUGUUGGCAGCCCAUCUGGGCCUGGGGCUUUACCCGUUUUCAAGUAAUCUAUUGCUGUAGAUAUUUCCUCGGUAGUUGUAGCUGCACUGAGAUCUUUGAAGCUAGUUUUAAGUAAAUAACUCCUUAAUAUUGACAGAAAAAGUACUGGUUAAACUGGCAAAUGGUUUCACUUAAAACACUGAGAAAAAUGUAUUAUAGGUAAAAUAAUCUACCAAUGUCAGAAGUACUUUUUCUGCUAUUUUAAAGACUUAUUUAUUGAAAAGUUAGAAUUUAUUUCAAGUGUACUAAGAUAUUUGCACUAUAAAAAAGACCAAAAUUACUUGGUAAGAUUGUGUGUUUUUGCAGUGAUAUGUAGUCACUAUGCUCUUUAUUUUGUGUCUGUCAAACGCUCCGCUAACGUUAGCACUGUCGUCCCCAGGUGCGGCUUCAGGUACAAAAUGUGGACAAACCUCUUUACCGCGGGACUUUGCACUGCUUUCAGUCGAUUGUGCGCCAAGAAUCGAUGCUCGGUCUGUAUAAAGGCAUCGGUUCUCCAAUGAUGGGGCUGACGUUCAUCAACGCCAUUGUCUUCGGCGUCCAAGGCAAUGCCAUGCGGAGGCUCGGCCGCGACACGCCCCUCAACCAGUUCCUGGCGGGCGCUGCCGCCGGAGCCAUCCAGUGUGUCAUCUGCUGCCCGAUGGAGCUGGCGAAGACGCGCAUGCAGAUGCAGGGAACCGGCGAGAAGAAGUCUAAGAGGAAGAUGUACAAGAACUCCCUGGACUGCCUGGUGAGAAUCUACAGGAAGGAAGGUUUCCGGGGCAUCAACCGCGGCAUGGUGACCACGCUGCUGCGCGAGACGCCCGGCUUUGGCGUGUACUUCCUGGCGUACGACGUGCUGACGCGUUCGCUGGGCUGCGAGCCGGAGGAUCCGUACAUGAUUCCGAAGCUGCUGUUCGCCGGCGGGAUGUCGGGCAUCGCCUCCUGGCUCUCCACGUACCCGGUGGACGUCAUAAAGUCGCGGCUGCAGGCCGACGGCGUCGGCGGCGUCAACAAGUACAGCGGGAUCGCGGACUGCGUCAGGCAGAGCUUACAGAAGGAGGGGUACCGGGUGUUCACUCGCGGCCUCACGUCCACACUGCUGCGCGCGUUCCCGGUCAACGCCACCACCUUCGCCACUGUGACUCUGUUUUUAAUAUACAUGCGACGGGAGGAAGAAUGCAGCAUGCAGAACUCUGAGCCGCCCGCCGUGCAGCUGCAGCCGCAGCCGACCAGCAUGUAAGGCGCAGGUUAGCUGAUACUCACCUCUCCAUCCAUCUGUGGUAUUUAAAAACUUCUUUUUUUAAACUAAAAGCUGAAUUUGUGUGUAUAUAUGGCUUCUUUUCUCACCCAUGCUUUUGUACAAUAGUUCUAUUAGCAAACUGUAGUGUAAGGGUGCACCGAUUGCAGUUUUUAGGCCGAUCACAGAGCUUUAAAUAAAAAACGCACAUAAAUUCUGCAAUCAUCUUAACGGUUAGCAUUGCUUUCCGCUAAUUUUUAUGUGUUUAGCAGUUUGGAGUUAGAUUCUGGUAAUGCUUCUGUAUCUUUAAAAAAGCCGAUUCCGAUUUUGGACGAUACUAAUGUUUAUUUUUUUUGUCUGAAAUGUUGGUACAUGUAGCAGUUUGUGACAGUGAGGUGACUAUUGUUAACUGCAAACGUGCGGUUGAAAUAAGAUCGGCUUUACAUGCAAGUAUCGGCCGAUCACCCAAAAUAAAUCGGUGCACCCAUACUGUAUUGUUACUGUAAUUGUUACAAACAAGUUUAAAAACAAUAAUGCUGUUUAGUAAAGAUGCAUCAAUAUGAAAAUAUGAGCCAAUAACCAUAUUUGAUGUUAAUAUUUACAGAUAUCUAUAUUUUACCACUUUUACAACACAUUUGGGGGGGUUAAAUGAAUACAGAUUGUUCAUAUCUGACAGAUAUUGUCCGAUACCGAUGUUGGUUCCGAUAUUUAUUGUGCAUCCCUACUACCUAGGUCAGAUAGUGACUGCAUGCAUGUAAUUCUUUGCAGUUAUUCUGGUCAUUUUUUAUGACCAUAACUUAUCAAAACCAUCAUGAUUAUCUGGCAUCUUGCAAUAACGGAGAAUAGUUUACAAAAACGUUCUCAAAGUAUUUUUAAAAGGUCGGCUGGCUUUGUGUGACUUUAACCUCCUUGUGUUAACAUAAAUAUAUUUUUGGAUAUUUUCUCAGAUAAAAUCAAACGUAAGUCUGUGUUUUAAAGAAGCACCUUAUAAUAACUACAUGAAUGGUUGAAGAAACAAAGACGAAAUGUGUUUUUUUUUUGCAGUAACUACUAAAAACACUGAAUGCUGUGUUGAGUAGAGUUGGGUUGGAAGAAAUGAAAACUGUUAUCAGAAGUCACUUUGUCCACAAGGGGGCAGCAGCAGACCAGCUACGUUCGCCCACUUGCACCAUUAGCUGCUCUUUUUACAUACCUGCAUAUUUUACAGAAUAGCAUGGAUUAUACUGGAUGAAUGUUGAGACUUAAGAGCUUAAAUGUGGGUUAAAUUUCCCAAUAAUCAUGCAGAAACAAGUAAUAUCCCUGUAUGUAGAUGGUGCGUGUUGUGUUGGACAUAAUGUACAUUAAUGUGAAAGUGCUGCUGAUUGUUGUUGAGGCUUUAGAAUGACUUGUAAAUCUUUCUUGUAAUUUGUUUUGCUUUUUUUUUUUUAAGUUGGAAGGAUUGCUUUAGCUGUCGAAUGCUGCUUUGUAUUCUGUGCUUGAUUCUGUACGAUACUUUGUACCAAAGUAGCCAUCCAAAGGUAGAUCUUUAAAAAAAAAAUAAAGAUUUGUUUUCUAA